AUGCAAGUGUUCGCUGCAAUAGUCAAGCUGGUUGCCAUCACCCUCGGUGCCAUCAUUGCUUCAAUUUCCUGCAUCGAAGAACACAGUGCCUCCCUCAAAAGUAUCCUCUCGUCAUCGGCAGAAUGUAACCUGUAUCUACCGACGGAGGCCUUAAGGCAAGAGUGUGGCACACGUUGCGUGUCGCUGGUCAACCGUAUCUGGAACGACACCAAUGGCCGCUUGUCGGAUACUAUCGGGAGAUUCUACGUCGAGGGUCCACAGGAUCCCUGCGCUCGCAAUCGUACACUUCAGUGCUUAGAACAGGUCACCGCUUCGAUCCCGCUCAGAAACAGUUGCCAGCUUGCGGACGCAUCCGUGAAUUGCUAUCGUAACAACUACGGUCAACUGGACGUUAAGAGUCCACGUUUCGUUGCGUUCUCGGAUGUUCAGCAGGUCCGGAUAUUGACGGAAUGUGCCGCAAUGCUGGGAGUUUGGGACAAGCUGACACAAGUGGUUCGGAACGGUUUGCAGAGUAUAUCGGAAGGGGCCUGUCUGCUGAGGUGCCUUCUGAUCCGACAGGGCUUGUACAGCGAUCAGAGGGGUCCGGACUUGAAGCGCGUUUCUGUGCAAUGUGGAGGGUAUGAAGGUUACGAGCAGGAAUGGCGCGCCAAUGUCACCAGAUGUGUGGCGGCAGUGCGUGCGGAAAGAAUCUGCGAUAAGUGCUUACAAGCGGAGCGCAUUGCCGUGGAUUGUCUUCAGAUGCAUCUUCAUCUGUAUGAGGUGCGAAGUCCGAAGCUUCGGCAGCAUAUUCCGUUUGGGGUGGAGUUUUAUACCGGAGCGAAUGCAGCUGCAGGCUCCGCUGCAGCAGCGCAAGCACAAGUCACUACGUACAUCACUGUUUACUACUAUUAUUGGUAUUGA